AUGCCAAGAGAUUUUGUCUUGAUGGCUUCUGUCAAUGGUGCUGAUUUGGAGAAUGGCCUCGCUUGCUGCUUCUGUGAAUGUACUUCUGAUAAGUUGCUUAUUCCAGGAGUUAGUUUGUGGCAAGAAAAUUUCACAGACCCAUAUCAGGCAACUGAAAGUGGAUGGAUCCCUUUUGCAAGGUCUGUAGUUGGGCAGGCCUGGGACCCAAGGGUGGUCCCAUAUCCAGGUAUCCUUGCCAUCUUUGAUAAUCUUCAACAAUCCCUGCUCAAAAAGAGGUUUAACAUUCAUCCAACUCCUCCAAAGCCAAGCCCACCCAUAUCAGACGGAGUUGUUAAGUGA